GUUCAUUUAAUCUGCAGUUUUGUGACAAGUGCAAUGUCACUUCCUCAUCUAAACUCUUUCUCAGAUUUUGGACUUUGCAGGUACCUCUGGGAGCUAGUUUGGGUUCUCUCAUGUUCUCUCAUGUUAUACUUUAACUAACCCAUCCCCUGCUGGUUAUAUAUUAAUCCCUGAAAUAUAACUCCAGAUUUAAAUCCUCUCUGGACUUGACAUUGAAUCACACGCAGUCUGUGCAGAGACCAAAUAAAAAACAGUGGAAUACGAAGAUAUUAGCCCUGUAUUGAAGUAACAGGGGCCCCCAGGUGGGGGGAUUUUGGAACCAGCACAGAUCAAUCAGAGGGAGAGAAGCAGAAUAGAUGUCUAAGCACAGAAAGUGCCUAUUGGUGCAUCAAGCGAAGGCAGAAAACAAGACUGGACUCCAAACUAGCACCAUGCUGAGCUGGAAGUUACCUCGAUUACUGACCAUCCAACAAGUACCCAAAGUGUUUCAUGAAGACAGCAUCCUCUGUGGGUAUCGAUCACCAUGUAGCUCCGCUACAGCCUGUAUUCUGAGCCUCUUCCAAAUGACCAAUGAAACCCUUAAUAUCUGGACCCAUUUCAUACCCGCCUUGUACUUCCUAUGGAAGAUGUUGUCCUUUUUGCAUUCAGGUUUUUGGGAUGACCCAUUCUUGUGGCCUCUUUUGGUAUUCCAGUUGUCUUGCUGUAUCUAUCCUUUGGCGUCUACUUGUGCUCACACAUUCAGUGUUAUGUCCACCAAAGCUCGACACAUCUGCUUUUUCUUGGACUAUGGAGCUGUCAGUCUGUACAGCCUAGGGGCAGCCAUUGCUUACUCUGCAUAUGUAUUCCCAGAUCGAUGGGUGGGUGGCACUUUCCAUCGGUGGUAUGUUCCUUGUGCUGUGAUGAACACAAUUAUCUGCACUGCGCUGGCCUGCUAUUCCAGGCUAGGUGCUCCAGUCCUGCAUUAUAACCAGCUCGUGAUAGAAAGGAUUCCUGAGGUGACGCGCCCACGGCUCAGCAAAAUGUUACGCACAACAGCCUUUGCUUAUCCCUACCUGUUCGACAGCAUUCCCUUGUUUUACAGACUUUUCCUGUGCUCUGGUAGUGGCUGUGCUCUGAAUGCUGCCCUCCCCAGGCACAUCUGGCAUUCUCUCUUGGCAUUCCUCACUGCUUUCCUUUUCACCACACACCUCCCGGAACGGUUGGCCCCUGGAUGCUUUGAUUUUGUGGGUCACAGUCACCAGCUGUUCCAUGUGUGUGGUGUUAUGGGCACUUACAUCCAGAUGGAAGUUCUGAUACAGGACAUGAAUCUACGAAGGGAGUGGCUUAUGGAAAAGGCUAACAGUCCAUCUUUCUCGAAUACCCUGGGAGCCUGGGGAGUAGGAAUGACCAUGAGCAUCCUUGUCAUUGCCUGCUUCUCUUUGGCUCUGUACUGGAAACCCCUGACUCAGAAGAAAAAGAGAAUGUGACCAGCAAAUCCCAGGAUGUAUUGCACUGACACUUAAGGAUGGCUUUUCUCGCCUAAUGUAGCUGGACACUGAUUUCCAAAGAAUUUGUGACUCCAUUAGAAGCUUAGAUCUCAUGUCACCUCCUUUUAUUAAAUCUUCAACGAACACAGCUGAAACUAAUGAUAACACCUAGAUCCUCAUUACAAUGACCUGACAGACCUCUGAAAACUUAUUUUCUCAACAAAUCUACUUCUAGAACUACACUCCAGCCUUAACAUAUCUAUAUAUAUAUAUAUCUAUAUAUAUAUAUAUAUAUAUCUAUAUCU